CGUCGCUCGACCUACACGUGUAAGCGUUCGAUUCAAAUUGAUUUGAUAGUGUUUGUUUCUAUUAAAUUCAAAUUUCGAAUUAGAAUUUUUUUAUGAGAAAUUCUAUAUUUAAAUCACAGAGGCGAUCAAAUUGGAACUUUCCAACUAUCCUAACGAAAACGUUAAAAUCUUAUCGAAAUUUUAAGUGACUGUUAAUUUGAAAGUGGAAUUAUAAUAGGAAUUGUAACUGAGUGAGCUUCUAAUUGAAAAGCUUUUGGACUUUAGGUGAAGAAAAUUUCUGACCUGCAAUGACCCCAGUAGGACUUUUGUUCAAAGUGACCAGCGAGGGCCUUUUUACGAGUCCAGUGAAUGCAUCUCCUCUCGAUUACGCGAAGAUUUAUCCGGACCCGGAAUCGGAGAAGGCUAUAAUGGGUUCAGUGGUGUACUGCAUUCACCACAAAGAAGGAUGCCAAUGGUCUGACGAGCUUCGCAAGUUGAAGGCGCAUUUAAACACUUGCAAACACGACGCUAUACUCUGCGCAGCGCAAUGCGGUGCGAUGAUCCCGCGCGUGUUAAUGCAAGACCACCUGCGUUACACCUGCCCACGUCGCCGUGCCAAUUGUGAGCACUGUGCUAAGGAGUUCUCUGGCAGUGCGCUUGAGGAACACCAAGGAAACUGUGGUCACGAGCCAGUCUACUGCGAGAACAAAUGCGGCGCUAAAGUUCAGCGUCGUCAUACUCAACAGCACUUGCAGCAACAUUGCAGCAAGAGGCUUGUGCCUUGCCGACACUGCGCCCAGAGAUACACACAGGACACAGUGGGAGCCCAUGGAGCGUCGUGUGCGCGUGCGCCGGUUCCUUGCCCACAGCGUUGCGCCGCAGCUCCUGCCAGAGACGAGUUGGAUGCUCACCUUCGGGAUCACUGCGCCGCUGCGUCGCUGCCCUGUGCCUAUAGAGACGCCGGAUGUCGAUUCAAGGGCACUCGUCAAGCUCUUGACCGCCAUAUUGAAGAAAGCUGUCAGGCGCAUUUGGCCCUCGUAUGUGGAGUAGCUACCAGACAGGCGCGUCAAUUGGAAUCCCUGCGAUCUGCUCUUGCAAGAUUAGCCCUAAACCAGUCUGGGGCUCUUGUCUGGAGAAUAUCAGACUUCGCUGCUAAGAUGGCUGAAGCUAAAUGCAAGGAGGGCGUCGAACUUGUCUCUCCGGCUUUCUACACCAGCCAAUAUGGUUAUAAAUUGCAGGCGUCACUAUUUUUAAACGGCAACGGCGCCGGCGAGUCUACCCAUAUGUCAGUUUAUAUCAAGAUUUUGCCAGGCGAAUACGAUGCUUUGCUCCGCUGGCCGUUCGCCCAUACUGUCUCUUUCACACUCUUCGAUCAAAGCUCCACGCCAGACAGAGCCUGCAAUAUGGUCGAGAGUUUCGUCCCAGAUCCCACCUGGAAGAACUUCCAGCGCCCAUCAAAGGAACCAGAUGCACUAGGAUUCGGUUUUCCACGAUUCGUCUCACACGAAAUGCUCAAGAAGAGGAACUUUGUGAAAGAUGAUGUCCUAUUUUUACGGGUCAAAGUGGAUCCCAGCAAGAUUGUCGCCGUAUAAACCAAAAUAGUCACUGUUAUUUAGUAUUAGAUAUUUAAAAAAUUUAAAAGUCAUAGUUUUAGAUGUACAUACUUAAUAUAAGGUGUAAAUAGUUUUCCGUUUUCUGUAAGCUGUAAAUAUUAAUUAGGAGCGCAUUUGCAGCAUUGUUAUCCUUUCACUGAAGAUCUCUUGAAUUUCAUUGCCGCCUGAAACGUAACAAACUCAGCGUGUGUCAAAGGUAAUCGGCUCAUACUUACCCGUGCCAUAUGCACACAUUUUUAUAGGUCACUGCAAAAAUUGUGUGUUGCCAGAAAACGUUCGCUGAGCAUUUUUGGUCGCCUUACAAAGAUAAUAGGCGUUUUAAAAAAUGCAGAACUGAAAUUUAGAUUUACAUAUACAGUAUAGAAGCUUUGAAACACGUUUAGUUAUGUUAUUUCGGCACGUCUAUGUAUAAAGAAUAUUAAAAUAUAUAUUUAUUGUAUGUAUAGAAGGACAUGAAAAAUGUUUUGUAAAUAUAAAAAACCUCGUUUAACAAGCUGGAGUUAGACCAAAGUGUUUUGAUGACUUUGCGAAGGAGAGAUGUAAAAUAGACGGAGCAAAGUUAUCAACGCAAUAAAAGGCGGCAAAGUCGUGAACUAUUGUGUAAGCGUUUUUUGAUUCUAAUAUUUUGUUUAAGUAUUCCCAUUUUUUCUAAAUUUCUACUUCGGAUCUCUAAAUAACGCUUGCUUGAAAUUAAUCUCAACGGUAAUUUUACAUUCCAGAGACAUUUAUUAUAAGACCACUUAUUAGUUGCAACAUAUUUUAUUAUCUAUAGGUUAAGGAUAUUGCCUAUCGUGAUUAUGUAAAGCAUUGAGGGCUUUAUUAUUUGAUAAUAUAAUACAACUUCUAUUCAGGCCAUAGUUAGACAUUCUGAGUAUAAUUCCAAGAGUAUUUUAUUGUAUAAAAAUAAUUAUGUUUUCCUUUCCAUCAUUAUAAUGUUGGAAAGAGAUAGCAUGAUAGAUAAGAUUAUUAUAGUAUAGUUAUUUAUCUUAGGAGGAAAAGUAUAGUACUGUUCAUGCCAAUGUAUUUAGUAUAGGUUUCUUUAGAUUUAGUUCUAAAUAACCUAGCCUAGCUAAGAAUAAUGACAACGAGACUAACAAAUAGAAUAGUUAGUGUUAAGAGUAGAUGAUUUACAUGAUAAGGUGGAAAAUAUAUUUUUUUUCUUAAA